UUCUCUUUCCCUGUGUCAGAGCAGGGAUCUUUUUUUUUUUUUUCCCUUCCUCUACUCCCUCUCCCCCACCCGCCCCUCCCUCCCUCUUUCCCUUCCCUCCCUCCCUCCCCUCUCGGCUGGGUUUGUGCGCUGGGGCGCCGGAGCCCCUCCGCCACCGGGACGCGCGGAACUCGAGGCAGGAGUCGGCUCUCCCGAGCCUCCUCCCUCCCUUCUCCUUCCCUGCCCCUUCCCCCACCCCCCGACUCGGGCUCGGAGCGGCGGCCAGAGGAACCCCGAGCCCAGGCCCCUGAGCGGGAGGGAUGGAGAACUCCUCGGCAGCGUCCGCCUCCUCCGAGGCGGGGAGCAGCCGCUCCCAGGAGAUCGAGGAGCUGGAGCGGUUCAUCGACAGCUAUGUGCUUGAGUACCAGGUGCAGGGGCUGCUGGCCGACAAGACGGAGGGUGAUGGCGAGAGUGAGAAAACGCAGUCUCACAUCUCCCAGGAGGAAGCACUCAGUGGUGGACCCCCCAUGAAAGGCUUAACAGAAGAAUGGACAGCGGACUGCAGUGAGCAGCUGGACAGCAGCUGUUCCUUCACCCGAGGGCGAGCCCCCCUGCAGCAGAAUGGCAGCAAAGACGCCUCUCUGGACAUGCUGGGCACGGAUAUCUGGGCUGCCAACACCUUUGAUUCCUUCAGUGGUGCCACCUGGGACCUGCAGCCUGAAAAGCUGGACUUCACCCAGUUCCACCGGAAGCUCCGGCACACGCCCAAGCAGCCCCUGCCACACAUCGACCGAGAAGGGUGUGGAAAAGGGAAGCUGGAAGAUGGGGAUGGAAUCAACCUGAAUGACAUCGAGAAGGUCCUCCCGGCCUGGCAGGGCUACCACCCGAUGCCCCAUGAGGUGGAGAUCGCGCACACGAAGAAGUUGUUCCGGAGAAGGAGAAAUGACCGAAGGCGGCAGCAGAGACCCCCAGGAGGGAACAAGCCCCAACAGCAUGGUGACCACCCGCCAGGCAGUGCCAAACACAACAGGGACCACCAGAAAUCCUACCAGGGGGGCUCGGUGCCCCACCCCUCAGGGAGGUCCACCCAUCACGGCUACAGCCAGAACCGGCGCUGGCACCACAGCAACAUGAAGCAUCCACCAGGCGACAAGGGAGAGGCAGGCGCCCACCGCAAUGCCAAAGAAACCGUGACCAUGGAGAGCCCCAAACUCGAGGGUGUCCUGGGAGACGCUGGGCACAGCGGCCUUGAGCCCCCCCGCAGCCCUGAUGCCCUGGCGCCAGUGGCUUCCGAGAGGCUGCCCCUGCUGCAGCCAGGGGCUCCAGAGGCCGAGACCAAGCGUAAAGACAGUGUUAUUCCCGAGCGCAGCGGGGAGCGGCCCAAAAUUACCCUGCUCCAGUCUUCCAAAGACAGGCUGCGGCGAAGGCUGAAAGAAAAGGUACCGGAUGAAGUGGCCGUGGAGACCACCAAGCCUCAGCAGAACAAGGUGGACAAGCUGAUUGAGAUCCUCAACAGCAUGAGGAACAACAGCAGCGACGUGGACGCCAAGCUCACCACCUUCAUGGAGGAGGCCCAGAACUCGACCAACUCCGAGGAGAUGCUGGGAGAGAUCGUCCGCACCAUCUACCAGAAGGCCGUGUCUGACCGCAGCUUCGCCUUCACGGCCGCCAAGCUCUGCGACAAGAUGGCGCUCUUCAUGGUGGAGGGGACCAAGUUCCGGAGCCUGCUCCUCAACAUGCUUCAGGUGCCACCACCGUCUCCAAAGGCUGCAAGGGUAUGUCAGUGGGCAUCUGUGAACUGAGGCUUCCCAGCCGAGGACACACAGCCUGGGUCUCAAAGCGGACACCAAGCACAUGGCCUGCUGGCCACCUGAAGGCAGAGGGAAUAGGAGUCACCCCGUGUGCCCUCCCCACCUCUGCCUCGAUGCCCCCUCCACACUGCUGUGGGCACCUCUCCCCCCCUUUCUUUGCCCAUGGCUGUGCUCUGGAUGCCUGGCGUGAAUCAGAGUGAUUUAUGAGGAAUUAGUGAGUGGGGGGUGGGGCAAAGGGAGUUGGGGGGAUGGAAACUUUUUAAACAGCCAGCAAGAAUGCCACACUUGUCUUGAACUCACUGCUUUCAGGGUGGCCAGGUUCUGUCUCCACUAGAUAAAGAGGAGAUCCCUCUAAGCAGACAGAGGUCUUGCCAGCUCCCCGUCCCGGUGACCACUGAGAGGUCACCAGGCAUCCCAGGGUGCAGAGUGUGAUGCAAGGAAGGGGCUGGGGGUUCAUCUGUGCCUCAGUGACUCCUCAGCCGAUUGGCAUAUGUGAACAAUCCAAACCCCAUUAUACCCAGUUCCUAGUGUCUUCUUACUCUAAACCCUUCCCUGUCUGGUGACAUGUCUCUCCAGGAGAGGUUG